AGACUAAAAAACGUCAUUUCGGCCAACACAGUAAAAAUGGCUACCUCGGCCACUACCGCUCCUGCCGGAGUGCAGCAGAUUCAGGCUGUUUUCAUGAAAAGCAGCGUUGUUGUGAAAUCAAUUUGUGGUGUGAUCAUUUUUCUAUAUUUCAUAUCGUUCCUGGUUAACAAUGACAAGUAUUUGGAAGCUCUUGCUGUAACUCCAGGCCUCAUAUUUCCACCAAGUUUUCGCGUCUGGACGUUGUUUACACACCCGUUUAUUGAAGUGCAUUUGUGGCUUGUUCUCCACGACGUGGCUCUUGUGUUAUUAUGUGGCAGACUCAUCGAACCUCUGUGGAGUGCACUAGAAAUGUUGAUUUUCUUCGCUAUUGUAACAGUUGGUUCAGCGAUCAUAACUUCAUUUCUUUAUUUGUUUAUGUACCUAUCAACUGUAAAUAUUACAUACCUUUUUGAUACACACAUAUUUGGACUCGCUGGGUAUGCAGGAGCAGUGACGAUCGCUCUCAAACAGUCGAUGGGAGAUGGGGAAUUGCCACCCAAAGUGGCAAGAUUGAGAGUGCACCAUCUUCCAGUUUUGCUCCUUGUAUCAUCGUUUUUGCUUCGGUUUAUAGGAAUAGUACCACCCACACAUCCGUUCAUGAUAUUAACAGGUAUGUUGACAGGAUGGGUGUAUCUUCGGUUCUACCAGCGACAAACAGAUGGAAGCAGAGGAGACAUGGCCGACACUUUUUCAUUUGCAAGCUUCUUCCCAGAGGUUAUUCGACCAUUUGUUGCUAUAUUAGCAAACACGGUUCACAGUGUGCUAGUAAAGAUCAAGGUGUGUAAGAAGCAAAUAAGGAAAUAUGAUGUUGGUGCACCAUCUCCAAUCACAAUUAGUCUACCCGGUACAGACCCUGCAGAUGCUGAAAGAAGAAGGCAAAUAGCUCUGAAGGCCUUGAACGAACGACUGAGUAAGGUUGAGGAACAGACGGCAUGGCCUAGCAUGGAUGACCAGCUUUCUUCUACAGACCCGGCUUCCCCAGCACCUUCAAGCGUCUCCCUCAUGAGUGAUGCCAACCCUAAGGAUAGUGUAGAGAUCAACCUGGAUGAUCCAAGAUCCAGCGGGAUCGCCUAGCAUUGAGGCCGGGAGGCAGUAGGGUUGGAGAGUUGUAUUUUUUUUGGUAUAAGGAAUAGAGCAGAGAAGAUGGUGGUCGUGAGUCUCUGAUAUCUUAGCACGGAACCUUGAACCUUUAAAAGGUACAGCCUUAGAGGUCAAUUACAUGGACGAAUUGAUUUGCUACCUUCAGUUUUAUGGUCUCUACAUGAAACUGUUAAUAAAUUUAAAGGAAACUCCUCAAAAGAUAAGGAGUCUAUUGCUGUACAUGGAAGAGAUAAAGGUGGUUUGAUUCUUUGCUCAUUGUUGGCCAAGUCAGAUAAUUCAUUUAUGUAUUAGUAUGUGAUUGAUAGGCUUCAAAGUGCAUCAUUUCUUGGUGUGUUUUUUUUUUCACAGGGAAAUUGCAAAAGAGGGAUCUGUCAGCUUGAGGGAAUUUCACCAUUACAAUGUAGCUUGUUUAUUACUUGUUUUGUACAUCUAAACUGAAUUAACAUUUAUUUGGGAAAUGUGUAAAUUUUUCAUAUAUAGCGAAGAGCUCUGCAAAUAGAGGUAUUUAUGCUCAAUAAACCCAGAAAUGUAUUAAAAGAAUCAUUCUUUGUUAGUGGUGCAUGUAGCUAUAAAAUGGUCAACCUGUGUCUUGAGUUAUGUAUGUUAUAGUACCAGAAUCUAUAUACAUGUAACAGGUACCUUGUAUUUGAUCUCAGUACAUACAAAUAUAUAGGUGGACUAACCUGUCUUUAUUCAUCAAUCAAGCUUCCUCUAUGAAAAUACGAGAAAUGUUUAAUGGUAACUGCUUCUGCAAAACUGUAUGUUUUGUUUCUUUCUAUUAUGACCACGGUGUGAUGUGAUAUUGGAGUUAGUAGAGGUCUAAUGGGCAUGACAAUUGUGAUUUUGUAGUUCCUGAAAUGCACUUGUUAUUGUGUAUGUACAUGUACAUGUAUGUGAAGUUAUUAUUUAUGAUGGAAUAUAACCAAUUGUGAUCAUUCAGCUGCCCAAUUUGGAUCAAUGAUAGCGCAAUGAAUGAAAGUGAUUUUGCUUUGAUAAUCUACUGGUUAAUUUUUUUAAAGGUAUGUGAAUAUAAUGAAUGGAAGAAUCACCCUGUAUUACCCCUAUCACAUGUCUUUAUCAUAAAGAGCAGAACACGCUCUUGCAACAGUGAUAUUGAGUGAAUGUAUGAAAAAUCAUAUAAACAAUGCACCUGUAAUUCAGUGUUCAGUGUGUCUUUUGACAUUUUCCAGCAGACACAUCUCAUUUUCCACAAAAUUUAUGUGAAUAUAAUUAAUGGAAGCAGUGAAAAAAUACACGGGGGCUCGGGGCGAAAUAGCCCCCAAAAUGCCCAAAAGAGCCCCAGAAAAUCGGAAUAGAGCCUCCGUAAAUUUGCAUAGAGUUCAAUAUAAAACAAAUUUUAGAAUGUUAUUUUCAUGCAGGCAAGCUUGAAAAGUAGCCCCCGAAAAA